UUCUACUGUGCCUCGCAGACUCGCGGUCACAUAACGUUAUACGGUUAGUUCGUUUUCAGACAGCGCGUUGUGUGGAGUUUCGUACAAUUAUUAAGUAUAUAUAUAUAUAUAUAUGUAUAUAUAUAUUUAUAUUUUCUUUCUUUGUUUUUUUCAUCAAAAAUACAAAUUCAUAUGUAUAUAAUCUUUCCUAUCAAAUAAGUUUUCACAUUUAAGGUGAAAUAUUUUCUUAUAAAUGAAGUUAUAGAAUGACGUAAUUAGCCAUCGAUAUUUACAAACACUGUCGAAACGAGAAUCCAACGACAACGAAAAAUCGAAUACAUGUAAAGAAGCCAGCUGUUCGAGGCGAACGACAAUCGAAUGAUUGCUCGAAUAAACGGAGCAGUGGCGUCGCUUGCGAACGAACGAAACAAGAACGAAUAAGUUCUGUUGUUUUGAGAAAGGAAAAUCGAACGAAAUUGUAAAAAUCGAUUAAUUAUUCAUUCAGAAAACUACGUAGAAGCAUCGCAUCAAGAUUUUAAAAAAGCGUAAUAUACGUAUACUCAAUACGUUGUGUAUAUGUACAAAUCAAAAUCAUAGUUUUUUUUUUUGACGAGCGGGAAAAAAUUGAAUUUUGUACAUUGAUCGAAAAUCGAUAUCGAAAAUGUUGAAUUCGUCAAGGACAGCACCAAUGGAAAAUAAUGUUCCAGUGAAUACGCAAUUAAAGUGCGAAGAACAAUGUCAUACCGAUUCCGGAUUUUUAUCCAGUGGAAAUCUUCAAAUUAGUUCUGAUCUAUAUGACUAUGAAUUGAAUGUUGUAAACACACCGGUUACCCCUAUGAAAUCAGAUAGUGGCGUGGAUCUUGGCUUAAGCGAAAAAUUGAGUCAACUCAUGAGUUGCAAAGUUCAAGUUGAACCUACUGUUGAAUUAACUCCGGUAAAUAUUAAUAAAUUUGAUCAACACGAUGCUCCAACAUUAUCACGCAAAUGGCACCAAUCUACUAAAAAACAAAUCAGUAAUGAAUUUCAACAACUUUAUUAUGAUGAAAAUGAUAAUGGUGAUAUACAACUUCAUAUGGCCAUAGUGCAAGAUUUUGUAGAGGAUACGUUCAGCUUAAUAAGAAAUUCUACAAGACCACAUUCGUAUCUUUUAAAUAUCUUGAAUCAUAAUGGUCAAUCACCCCUGCACUUAGCUGUACUGGCACGACAACCAAGGAUUAUUAGGGGAUUAAUUCUGGCAGGUGCAAAUCCAGCAUUGAGAAACUUUCGUGGAAACACGGCUCUUCACCUAGCUUGUGCAACUGGCGAUCUUGCUUCUGCAAAAGCUCUUACCGAUCCUUUAACCACUAUAGAAAGAAAUUAUCUUCUUCCUGGAAAAAAAAUACCUGCCUUACCACAAGAUCUUGAACAACCGAAUUAUGAAGGACAAAUGUGUUUACAUAUAGCCGCUUCAUCGGAUCAUGUGGAGCUCGUACGACUUUUGGUGCGUCGUGGAGCGGAUCUAGACGCCAGAGAAGGAUUAGCAGGACAAACGGCUCUUCAUCUCGCUAUAGAACGUAAUUGUCGGUCAGUGAUCGCGUUCCUCCUUCAAGAAUGUAGGCCUUGUUUAGAUACACCAAAUUAUGCUGGGAAAACCGCAUAUCAGACAGCCCUGCUCUAUGAUAAUAAACUUGCAAGGGAAUUAGUAAGAUUGGGUGCAACACCGGAACCACUUUCUGAAUCAGAUUCAGAUACCACUGACGAAGACGAAAGUUCUGCUAACAAUUUACCUUAAACAAAA